CAGUAAGUAUCGGUAACACUUUGUUGAUAGUUUGUGAAACAAUUGUUGAAUUCUGGUACUUACAAUAAAGAAAAACGGAAAGGUACAGGUGACCGUGAAAAUGAGGGAGACGUCGGAGGUUGAGGCUGAGGUGAAGAGGUCCAGGCUAAAUUACGAAAACAAGGUAAUCUUGGCACCGAUGGUCCGGAUAGGGACGCUACCGAUGCGACUAUUGGCUCUCGACUACGGGGCGGAUAUUGUUUAUACAGAGGAACUUAUCGAUUGGAAACUAUUGCGUUCUGUGCGCCGUCAAAAUGAUGUUCUGGGCACGAUCGAUUACAUCGACCGGACGGACGGCACGAUCGUGUUUCGCACGUGCGCCCGGGAGCGCGAGCACGUGGUCCUGCAACUGGGCACCUGCGAUGCCGGUCGUGCUCUCAAAGUCGCCCAGCUGGUUGAGAACGACGUGGCUGGAGUUGACGUGAACAUGGGCUGCCCCAAGCGAUUCUCCCUCCUCGGAGGCAUGGGUGCCGCACUGCUCCGCGAUCCCAACAAAGCCAGAGCCAUCCUUACGAGUUUGGUCGGCGGACUCAGCAUACCGGUCACUUGCAAGGUGCGAGUCCUACCUGGCGAAGAGGAGACGCUCGCGCUCUGCGAAAAACUUGCCUCGUCCGGCAUUGCGGCUAUUACCGUUCACGGGAGGACAGUCACCGAGAGACCCCAGCACCCCAACAGAAACUCCAUGAUCCAGAAGAUAGCUCGGCACCUCGAGAUACCGGUCAUCGCCAACGGUGGCUCCAAGGAGAUAGAAAAGUACUCGGAUAUAGCGCGUUUCAAGAGCGAUACGGGCUGCAGCAGUGUGAUGAUCGCCAGGGCCGCCGAGUGGAAUUGCUCGAUAUUCCGAUCGAAAGGUAUGCUGCCGAUGGAGGAAGUCAUAAGAUCGUACCUCAAACUUGCCGUUGAUUACGACAAUUCGCCGAGCAAUACCAAGUAUUGCGUGCAGAAUAUACUGAGGGACCUACAAGAGUCGCCACUUGGUAGGCGGUUUCUCGACACUCAGACUCUCGAGCAGAUUUGCAAAGUGUGGGACAUGGAUGACUAUUGCCGUAAAAAACUUAAGGAGUACAGGGAAAAAGGCUACGACGGUAGAUUCGAAGUUAUCCCGGAGCGAUUGGCUCUCUUGGGUAACAAGCGAAAACUCGAGGACGAAUCCGAGGACGUGUUUAUGAUGCGCUGUGCCUUCUUACGCAGCAAUUACACCAAGGACACGACUUUGCCAAAGACGCAGUUAGCCCAGUGGACUCAAAAGAAUCGCAAAAAAUUGCCAGCCUACAAUACCAUAAACGAGGACAAACUUUUCCGAUCUGUUGUUACGGUGGACGGCAGAAAGUACGGUUCGUCGUUCUGGGAAAAAAAUAAGAAAUGGGCGGAGCAAGGGGCCGCAUUGGUUUGUUUAUGUGCUCUGGGAAUGAUUGACGAGGAAAACUUGAAGAAAAAUGGACACAUUGCUUGACCCGCCCAGAUUUUUUGAUUGAAUCGAAUUUUUGUGUAGAGGAACAAAAAAAUGUGUACAUACGAAGCAAUGCGAAGUAUAUUUUAUCUGUCAUACUAUUAAUAUCUGUAAAUAAAAUUUAAA